AUGCAUCCCAAAAAGAUCUACAAACGAGCAUCUACACUGCCAAAGGAAUCACCUCGCAAAGGCGCUUCUGCUGCUGACGACGACGCUGAUAUCGGCGAGAUUUCUCAAAUGCUUGACGACGAGUUUAUGCAGCGUAUGGAACUGGAUGAUUCGGAAAUGCAUGAUCCUCCAAAAAUCAAGAAAACUGCAAGACCACUAGAGGGAAUGGACUUAGAUGGUAUGCAUCCAAUUAGGCCUGGAGUAGCUGGAGUUCAAGCCAAAGAUGCAAAGCCUGUUGAUGAUCCAGCCAUCAGGGAUUCUGAUCUAUUUUCCGUCUUGGGACAGGAUAUAUUACAGCAGUUUGACUUUGACGACAGCGCCAUGCAUCCCAGAGGGGUUGCUAAGCAACCGUCUCGUUCCUCUACAAAGUCCAGAGCUCUUGAGAUGGACGAGCGCGUCAUGCAUCCCCAUGCUGCCAACAGGGAGCAGCAAAAGGACACUCCUGCGAUAGAACCAUCAAAGGAGGAAGAUCCUGACAUCUCAACCGAGCUUGGUGAAGAUUUCAUGCAACAGUUUGAGCUCGAUGACAGUCUCAUGCACCCAGUCGAUGGCCGCGUAGAGUGGAAGAAGUCGUCUUAUUACAACGGCAGGGAUAAAACCGCAGGCCUUCGAAUGCAUCCGAAGGCGGCUCCUCAUCAGCAACAAGGUGCGGAGGAUGUUGUGAAAGAAGACGAUGUGGAUGAUGAAAUCGAUGCCGAUGAGGAACUCGGACACGAUUUCAUGCAGCGUAAGGAACUAGAUGGCUCUGGCAUGCACGAUCCGAAUUGGCAACAUCGGGAAGAUCCUGAGAAGUUCCAGAGGAUCAGGAGGAGUAAUUCCCGUCGCUUAGACCGGGGCAUAGGCUUCCCACUACACGCUUCUUGUGGAUUGAAUUGGGUAUUUGGAAUGAACUGUUCCUCAGUUUCUAAGGCUCUCGAGCAACAGAUCGCGAAGUGGAGCACCAAAGAUAAUUGCGCUGACGGAGGAGAGAAAUGCCUCUACAAACUUGUAUCCUCCAAUGCUACGACCCUACUUGCCACUCACGAGACACCGGAGAACCACUACUUUGAUGACCUCAGCUUCCAGUUUACAAAGGGCUCUGAAACCUGUAAAGUUUAUGGAUUUUCAACGUCAGAAACAUGGUAUGCCGUGCUGGACAAAGGAACCAACUACUGUAAUCUUCACAACUUGAUCACAGGAAGCGGUUUGAACAAUACACCUGGCUACAAAGAAACGACAACGGACAAUAUCUGUACUCAGUUCUCGUCUGCAGAUUGUGAUGUUUAUUGAGGGACUCGCUAAAUCACAUAUGUUCCUUCACAUCAAUUAAAAGCAUAGAACACUGACCAGUCCAACUGAAUAGAAGAUGUCAUCGAAUAUAAGGGUUUACAUCUAGCAAAUUAUCUCCAAAAUUUAAUUUCACUGGUUUUUAAUAAAAGAUGCACCUAUUUGCUGAAUAUAAUCUUGCAAAGUACUAAUCAGAGCACAAAUCAUGGGCAUACAUUGUCUGCAUUUUUCAAAAUUUCAUACUUUUUAUGUGUUUUGUUGUGCAAAUUUCUUCCUUUUGCUGGGAAAUUUUACCGUGCAAGGAAAGCAGCACCAAGUGAUGUCAUUAAAUUAUGUAUGAUUAGUCAAUUCAUAUAGAUCAAAUAUAUAAGUAAGAGAUAUAUACAUGUAGAUUUAUUCCUUAAAGGUUUGACAUAUAUGUAUAUGUAUGCAUUGAUUGUAGCUAUAAUUCAUGCUCAAUUUCAAAUGCAAAAAAAUCUUGUUUUAAAAAUUUGUGCAGUGAUCUAUGCCCGAUACUCAUUCUAAUAAAUAAAUGUAGCAGUAAAUGCUAGAAAUAUUAUAGCAAUUGCGAGCAAAUACCAGCAAUGUACAGUCAAAUCCGUCGUAGUGACCACCUCUAUAUAAAGGCCACCUAUGUAGUGGUCUCCUCCUCUCUAAGAGAAAUGUGUGGAGUAAAAUCUGUCUAGAAAGGCCACCUGUCUACAGUGGCCUCUAUUGUUAACCUUGUAUUGCCUUAAGGCUUUAUAGACAGGUUUGACAAUUUAAAAUUUUCUAGUUGACUUGACAUUUUGAAUAGAGCAGAUCUGGAAUAGAGAAAUAAGUUGUAAUACUUUUUGUCAAUUACUUAUAUUGAAUAUUUUUAUCAAGGAUUUCACUUGAUAACAUGUUUCUUUUUUUCCUCACUGAAAUGCUAAGUACUUAAGAUUGUUUAUCAGAGAUUGUACUUACAUGUAGAAUGUAACACUUGUUAGAGGUGCAGGGUCAGUUAAUGAAUUUAGCCUUCCAAAUUUCAAUACUUAAUACAUAAUACAUAAUAUACUGUCUGUAACAUUUAGCAGAAACAUAAGUGAAUUUUAGUGUAAGAAAAUAUCAACUUCAUUAUGUAGUCUACUUGUGUUGUUUGUAAUUCUUUUCAUAUAGUUUUAUAACAAAUAAAAGUAAAUUCAGAUUACCUAGAUUAACUUGUCUCAUAUUUAAGGAAGUAAAACUUCAUGCACACAUAAUAACUACAUCAUCAUUUUAUGAUGCACAAGUUCUUGAGCGCGCUAAUUUUCAAUUUUUUAAGGACAUGUUUUUUUUAAAUACCGGUAUUCAUUUAUUUGAUUUUCAUAUUCUUGUUCAUGUGAGCCUGUGCAAACAACAUCUGAACUUUUACUAGAUCCAGGCAAUAUAAAUAUGUUGUAUUACACUGUAUUUUAUUAUUAUUAUUAUUAUUUCCACUUUUUUUUAAUUUUAAAAAUCAUAAUAAUAUCAAAGUAAUAAUAAUUAUUAAUAUUAUUAUCACUAUUGUCAUGUAUUUACAUUUCGGUAGGUCAGAAAUUACUUUAUUAGGAGGAGUUGAGAGGUAUGAACGGAAUAUGCAAUGCAUGUGUAGUGUAAAUGUCAUUAGAAUUCAUGAAUAUGUUUCUUAUAUUAAACAUUUGGUACAAUUAAUAAAAACAUUAAGAAUUGCA